GAAAAAAUAAGACAGGUGAAUGGUAAAUAAUUUUGAAGGACACAACUUGCUUUGAUUCGCUUUUACUUUUUACUUUCGUUCGUGUUUUGUAACUGACCCAAAGUGUUCACCGCGUACUGUCUUUGAUUUCUAUUGAAUCUGCCAAAGGUGUCUGUGGCAAAAAUGUCUUGGAGGGAAAGUUUUUCUGCGAGCUAAAACGGCAGGAGCUUUUUAUUCCUGAAGAGAGGUGCAUGAUAACAUGGUGAACAAGAAGAAGUUUAAAUUGUAGUCAAUGAGCGCCCCUACGUAUACGGAGCUCCACCAGUAUAGUGGGGAGCAGCCUAACAAUGACUUCACCCAAAUUGUGAUAAAGGAAGAACCAUACGAUAUUUGGCCCCAAGAAAUCAAACACGAACACGACCAUCCUGAUAUUCCUGGUCUGGUGACCAGUGAUGAGGACCAAACCAUGUACCAGCAGGAUGUAACUGUCCUGUCACAAGAGCCACUUAUGUUCGCUGCCGCCAUUUACUCUCCUCUCGAGUCCUCGCAGCAGGAUCUCAGCUGCAGCAGUGACAGUCAAGACGUUCAGGUUAAUCCUGUCGAGAGACCCUUCGAGUGCAAGGUUUGUGGAAAGAGAUUCAUGAGAAAGUGCCACCUGCAAGUGCACCAGGUUAACCACUCAGGUGAGAAGCCGUUUUCCUGCUCCAUUUGCCAGCGCAGCUUUUCGCAAAAGUCAACGCUGUUUUCGCACUCUCUCACCCACACUGGAAUCAAACCUUUUGAGUGUUCCGUGUGCCACAAAGCCUUUGCCCAGAAAUGCAACCUGCAAACGCACAUGCUGGUGCACACCGGGCAGAAGCCGUUCAACUGCAAAGUCUGUGGCAAGUGCUUCUCGCAGAAGUGCAACCUGCAGAUCCACGAACGGAUUCACACUGGCGAACGUCCGUAUUCGUGCAAGGUGUGUGGUAAGCGUUUCACGAGGUCUGGAACCUUGAUGGUGCACAACAGGGUACACACGAAGGAGAAGCCGCACGUGUGCAAAAUUUGCGGAAAACGAUUCUCACAAAGCAGCAACCUGAUGAACCAUAGUCUGACCCACACGGCCAACCGACCCUUCCAGUGCCAGGAGUGCGGCCAGUCGUUCAACAAUAGCGGCAACUUGAGUCAUCACAUGCGCAAAAACCAUCCACCCUCAUGAGUAUGCCUGCCUCCUUUUUCCUUUUUUCCGUUUCUAUUUUACCGACAAUCAAAACUCCACUCGAGCGGAAUGAAUUUGAUUGUGAGCAGCGUAAAAUGUGUGCCAUCACCUUUGAAAUUACAAAAGUAAUUGGAAGUUCAAUGAAAAUCGGUACAAAUAUUUUUAAAGAGCAAUCGAAAUUGAAUUUUGUUUUUUCGAAUAUGAUCUCUUUCUUGGAAUUUGCUUUUUUUGAAUGUCUUCCAAGGCAACUAUUUUGAGCCACGACCCUUCCUUUGGUUACAAACGUGUGUGGCAUAAUAUAAUUAUAGAAAAUAUUAUAUUGAAGCAAAUUGUUCCUUUAUAUAAAUGAUAAUUAAGUUAUUUCUAACCCUCGGUGAGAAUCUGUUGAUAUUUUCCCUGCCAUAUUUACAGAAGAGAAAGGGUGCUUAAUACAUGGAGUAGGAAACGAUGUGCAUAUAAAGUUUGUAGCUGCCUUAUACAAAUAACAUGACAAACCUUAGCAUUUAGCACCUGGAGAAUUGUUAUUAGCGCAAAAGCAAAAUAAUCACGAUGAAUGAACAAGUUUCGACUUUAAAAUAAUCGAUUGGUAUGUUUGAAACUAAAAUCUCAAUUGAUUUUAUAUACAUAUUAGAGAAUUAUGUUGUAUUUGCUGAUAAUAACACGUCGAUAACUUGAUAACAAUAAUAGCUGUAACACUUUAGCGCAGUUGAUUAACAAUAAUAGAAGUCCCUCUUUUCAUGGUAGCGGUGAGGGUGUUUAACAUUCCUCUCUUUUUUAGUCACCCUGGUGAUUUUUUUCUAUUCCAACAUAUCUCGGUGUACAACUGUCUCUGUGAUUAUUAGCCAUACAAAUUAAUCUUGAAUAAAACCGUUGAAACUGA